AUGUUCCACUCAGAGGCCGCCCUGGCCUACGCAGCACAACUGCGGAACCAUGGUCACGGCGAACCUCUGUGGCAGCCGGAACCCUCAAAAUAUGGCGAGGUUCUCAUCGGUGACGUUGGAUUCAUCGAGGACGGGUGCUUCUACCGGCUCUUCAACUGCACACUCGCAGCGGACGAUCCCAUAAACUCCGGUUUUGUCCCCCAUGGGUAUGUUCCUUUGGAGUACAACGAAUGGGCUCUUCUGCAAACCAGGGAGAACUACCUGCCUCCGAAGCCGAUCUACAGCAAAUCCAUCUCCCAGUUCAAAUCUGAAGCAGGGGCGGCGGCGGAUUUCGCUGUCGUACAAGUUCGAAUGCAAAAGCCAGGAGGGAGCGAUCCUCGUUCCCGGUUCGGACGUCACCUUAUCUCACGUGCAAGCGAAUCUACGAUUCACGAAUACGUCCGAAUGAACCACGCAUCGUGGCACGCGUUCGCGGUUGAUCAAGGUCGCAUGAUCGCCCCGGAAGAUGUUGUCCUGUGGGCCGUAGCGGCUGUUGCAAACCACGGCAAGUCGCACGCGAUUUCGUUUGGUGCUGAAGGGGGCAUCGCUUCAGCAGAGUUUGCAGUCGAGCAUUCGGCAGAGGCAGUAAUGUCCGUGAGCCAGAGGAGUGGGCCGAAGCGAGACAGUGCCAGGACUUCUGAGGAUUCGUUGGGAAACAUGCGAGACCAGUGCCUGUUCGUGAGGUACUACAAAGUCAAGUACCGUCGUUUUCUUCCUAUGAAGAUCGUAGCGGAGGCGGAGCCCAAGGAGGGGGAUGCCUCCGAAGGCUCGGGAGAUGGUUGUUCACCUGGAGGUCAGCUGACCCCGGUCAUCCGCGGACAUGAUGGUGCUCACCUUCGUGUUCUAGUAAUGGGCAGCCCAACUCUGGCAAUGUCACGAUCUACAAGUGAAGAUUAUGUUAUAGACGUGGAGGAGAUGCCAUCCGGAAGAAAGCUUCGGGACGCGCUAGACGACCUUUUGGACUACAUCUUAGAGUGCUCAGAUGCUUCCUCUGCUAUUGUAACCCAUGAUGAUUUGAGUUUGUUGGGAAUUAACAGUGACGAAGAUUCGCCUGGCAGUAUAAUGACUGCGCUUAUGAGCCUGCAUCCACAAACUGUGGUUGAUGCUCAUGGCGGUAAAUCGAAAGAUUCUGACUCAUUCGUAGUUGGAUGCAUUGUAACUGAGACCGCGGAACCGUCCUUCAACGUGCUCUCAGACUUGCCUAACCGUGACAUCGUCGGCGGUCUCGACCCCCUGGCGUCGUUUGACGAGAACUCACCUAACAUCUCAAUAACAGAAGAGUACAACCCGGCCGAAUACAACAUACCGAACAGCUCCGGAGUCAUUACUUUCGACGAACACUUCAUGUCCGUAGUAGACUCUGUGAAUCUGCAAGCCUCAGUAUCGAAUACGCCACCUUCCUACAACAACGCCCCACUGCCCUCCGCUUACGAUCACGCCCCCACUGCGUCGAGUAAUGGCGCAAGUAAUGACCAUUCUCGAGCCUUCUCAUCCUCAUCCUACAUGCAUCCGAACUCGCCGCCUCUCAAUUCUCUCACACAGAACUUUGAGAGUAUGCACUUCGAGUCACCGAGCUGGCCGACCUCUUGGCUUCCCCCAGACGGACGUUCGCCGCCAGUGCAACAGCAACAAAAGACAGAAUUGCCUGCCCAGCUUGUCAUCCUAGAUAUCUCGAGUCCAGCGACUGCCGUCCACGAUGAGUCGUCGACGACCAACGCUCCGGAGGACGACGGUAUGUCGACUGGUCCUCAGCUGCACGUUGUUCCCGCAAUGUCGGUCAGUGGCGGCGGAGCUACACCAUUACUUCAGCAAGGUGUGCUAUUUACUUAUGGUCCUCUGCUUUGCGGAAAUGGUCGCGGGCUUAGCGCGAACGUAACUCCUAAUCUGGGGUUAUGUCAUGUCUACACAUCUUGGGUGUCACGCUCGUUGCCAGUGGCCGCCCAUUGCAUAGUCUGUACACGCUAG